AUGGCCAAAGUCAAUGCUGUUCCCUUCCAUGAGAAGGAGUACUGGAAAAACCGAUUUGAAAAAGAAAAGCAUUUUGAGUGGUUGGUAACCUGGGACGACAUCAAAAAGGAGUUUGAGCCUUAUCUGAACAAAGAUGAAGAUGUUCUUCAUUUAGGAUGUGGUAAUUCUGAGCUUGCAUUUGAUCUGGCAGAUUCAGGCUACAAAACUGUUGUCAAUGUCGAUUAUGCAGAAAAUGUCAUUGAAUACAUGAAAUCUGUUACACAUGAAAAACAGCAACAAAAUUCAAAUUACUCCAACAUCUCCUGGAUCUCUGGUGAUUGCCUGAACAAUCUAAAGUCUUAUCUGCCAAAAUCUCAAUACUCUAUCAUCAUUGACAAAAGUCUGGUAGACACAAUUGCUUGCGGGGAUGACGAUCAGCAAUCUCGAGUAAAGCAGCUGUCAACAGAAAUGCUCUCUGUGGCGAAACCAGAUGCUUAUUGGCUCUCCAUCUCAUUUUCUGGUGAAAGAGAGUUCUACAUUGACAAUGAAGAGCAGUUUUAUUGGAAGACAGAGCAACGCAUUCCUAUCCAAGUGGCUCAACCUAAUGAUAAACCUGGAGCACCUGCCAUCUACUACUACCUCUACAUCAAUCACAAAAUGAGUGCUUGA